ACAACAGUCAAUUAAUCAAUGUUUGCUUGUUGUUAGUAUUGAGUUAUAUUCAAGUAAAGAGCUGCGCAGUGCAUUAAUUUGUCGGAAUUAUUAUUUGUACAUGUUACAAGUUUAACAAAAAGCAAUAUGAUUUUAUUGUUUAAAGGAAGUGUAAUUCAAUUCAAAUUUAGUGAACAAUAAUAAUUAUUUUAUUAAACUCUGCUGUCGUUUAGCUUGUGACUGUGUGUAUCAGAAAAAAAAAUAACUUCAGUGAAUUGACCUUUUUCACAGUAGUAGGCUAGAUCUAGAUUAUAUUGCGUUGUAGGAAAAAUAAAAAACAAUAAUGGGUUGCAAACAUUCAAGUACAAUAAAAGUUCAGCCUUAUGAUGGUACAACCACAAAUCAAAAAAACAAAAGUGACGACAAUUUAGAGGAAUAUGAAAUAGAUGAGAAUGGAAAGAAAUUCAGACCGGAAAAGGGAAAAAAUAAACACAAAUCGCCAACAAAAAAGCAAAACAAAUUUGGGUCUUCAAAUAGUUUAGAUGAUGAGAGGUCCAUGGAUGGGGACCGAGGAUUUUCUGCCACAUCCAAAGCGUCCGCAGAUUCUGGAUUAGGAGGAGAUGACUAUCAAUAUGGAAAAGACCUUGGAAACAUAAUAACAGAAUACUCUGGGGAUGAUGCUGUUCGUAUGGUUGAAAAAAGUUUUAUUGAGAGAGAUGAUCUAGAUCUAGGUAUUACUGGGGUUCAGCUUCCUACCAGACUUACUGUGAAAGAAAAUCCAAGACAGGAUGCUUCUGAAAUUUUAAAGUCAUUACAAGAGGAAGGAUUUAUUGCUAAACCCACAACGCAAUCCUCUGGGGGAGUUAGCUUUGAAAUAGUCUCUGAAAGCUCCUUUAAUGCUGUGGGAUUACCGAGACUCCCACCUCGACAACUGGAGAAGCUUGAACAGAGAAGAAAGAAAAAGAGAGUCUUGACUGAAGAUGAAAUUAUGGAUAAACUAGAGAGAGCAGAAAGAAGAAGAAAGAAACGAGAAAGUGAAAGGUUGAACAAGAUAAAAGCUUUGGAGAAGUCAGAUGCGGUGUCAGCCUUGGAAAACUAUGAACAGCACAUGAAGGAGAAGGAAGAGCAACAAAACCAAAAGAUGGAUGUUGUAGCUGACAACAGGGAAAAGAGAUUGAAUGAGAUCAGAGAGAAAAUAAAGGAAAGGGAAAGAAGAGCAGAAGAGGUAAGAAAAAGAAAACAGAAAGCUCUGGAAGAAGGUUUAAUCACAAACAAUAUCAUUGGUCAGAAUGAAGAAGACAAUUUAGAGAAAACAAGUGAAUAAGAGAAAAAUAGUGUUGUAUUUCGUUAAUGAAUUUAGUUUUUGUUAAGCUCUGUAAUUUAAAUUCUACACAUUUCUGGUAAGAUGAAAAAAUGUAAAACAAUGUCAUUACAUUCAUCAUUUCUGUCCUUAAUUUAAUGACUUUUACUGUUUGAUAUUUCAAUUUAUCAAAAAGGUUAGUGACAUAAAAAAUUGUAUAGAGUUUUGUUAUCGAAUGUACGAUUUCUAAUUUAUCAUAUUUGCAGUGCAAAUUAUUCUAUACUUUUUUUUACAAAGUUCUGAUGUAAAUAAAGGAAGAUUAUUCAUAUUUUUUAAAAAUACCCAAAUGUCUUCACCAGAUAGUUCAAUAUUUAACAAUGUUAAAAAAUGAAAUGAAAAUAAUGCUUUAGUCUCGAGGUAAUUAUGUUUUUUUAAAUAAAGAUUUUAUUUUUAUAAAAAAAAACAACUAAAAAUAUGUCUACAAUAUUUGACAAAUCAUGUUGGAAAUGGAUUCAACUAUUUAACUUUGCUUUUUUACCUAAAGAGGUUUUAUUUGUUUUUAUUUGCUAAAAAGGUUUUUGUUACAUAAUUAAUAUCAAACACUUAAAAGAAAAUUACCUUAAGGUUGUGAAAAUAAAAAUGCAAUUUUAUUAAGUACUUUUUAAAAUUAACGGCAUUAGUCAAUGGUAUUUAAAUUUGUAAUAUUCACAUUAGGUUAGAGCUAACACUAUAUAAUAAUUUAAGACAUUUUUCUUAAUGUACUUUUUCAUGUUUUGCUGGUCGUUUAGGUUUGAAUUGUAUCACAUUUGUUUGAACAAAUUCAUUUUGUGUAAAAUGUGUCAGUUUAAUGUAAAUAUAUUCUAUUCAGUAUUAUAACAGAAAGGCAAUAACGACUAUCUUCACUUCAGAGAGCAUCAGUAUUUUUAAAGGAUUGGGUUCUAUGUCCUUUUUUUGCACCAUACUGUUAUAAUCUCAGAUGUUGAUCUCAGCACUCUACAGCAACUAUAUUUGUUUAGAGUUAUCCCCUCCCUUGCUCUAACAGGGGAAUAACUAUAACUAUUUCGAGCAAUGCUCUUCAUCCAGCCUAAUACUUACUAAUAGCAACUGGAUGAAAAAUGGAGCAUUUCUCACAUACAUAUUGGCAGCCACUAGACUCAUAUUUACUUACUUUCGUGAGUAGGUGGUUUUGGAUAUGUGGUCAUUAAGUUGAGAUCACAAAUUGUCAACUCGUGACUUUUGGGCAAGCUGACAUUUUGUGUUAACAAUCACAGGAUCUACCUCUGGACCACAAUUGCUGACUUUUCCUCCCUAGUAAUUAUCAUUUGUCCAUUUCUCAGCUAAGCAUUAAAAAUGUUUUAUUCAAAUUUUUAAAAAUCCAUUUUUUUUCCCUUGACGUUUUUUUUUCACUAAAGUUAAAAUAAGUUUCAUGUAUGUUUGUGAAUUUCUAAGAAAUUUGUCAGCCUGGGCAGUAUUGUAACUAAAAAUUCUGUGAUCUCUACUGGCAUCAGUAUUAUGGUAAAAAAAAAGAUUUUAAAAAAGUCAUUGAAAUCUGACCUGUAUCAUUAGUUUCAGGAUCUUGUCAUCUCCUGUACAUGUGUGAUUAUCCUUUAUAAAUUAUUGCCAGAAUGUUUGCACAUGACUUACA